GAAGCGUUCUCUAAAAAGAAUUUUUAAAGGAGAAAGGACGAAAAUCUCACUGUUAACGGUAAGAAGUUUGAAACGACGAGACUGUUAAAGUCUGUGUCUAUCGACGUGAGUUAUAAGCAAUUGAAGAUUUGUCUUGUGUUGCUGUGGGGGCCGUGCCAUGCACGACAGUGGUCCGGAGAAUCAUUUAAAUGGCAUUCUGCAUUCAGAAAAAGUAGCAGUUCUGGAUGCAGGAGCCCAAUACGGAAAGGUGAUUGAUCGAAGGGUGCGUGAAUUAUGUGCAGAAUCAGUAAUAUUGCCUUUGGAUACUCCUUCGCAACUUCUUAUAUCAGAAGGAUAUAGGGCAAUCAUUAUUUCUGGUGGACCAAAUUCAGUUUAUGCCGAUGAUGCCUUGAAAUAUGAUCCUGAUAUCUUUCAUUGUGGUUUACCAGUGUUGGGAAUAUGCUAUGGCAUGCAGAUGAUUAAUAAAGAAUUUGGAGGUUCAGUACAAAAAAAAGAUUGUAGAGAAGAUGGACAAUUUACAAUUCAAAUAGAACAAAAAUCUGCACUAUUCAAGGGGCUCGAUAAAGAACAAACUGUGUUAUUAACACAUGGCGAUAGUAUUGAUAAAGUUGCAGAUGGUUUUAAAGUCACUGCUACUUCUGGAAAUAUUAUUGCAGCAAUUGCUAAUGAAAAAUUACGAAUAUAUGGAGUCCAGUUCCAUCCAGAAGUUGAUCUCACACCAAAUGGAAAAGCAAUGAUGAGGAAUUUUCUGUAUGAUGUCUGUGGCUUGAGUGGAACAUACACAAUGCAAAGUAGAGAGGCUGAAUGUAUUGAAUAUAUCAGAAGAGUAGUAGGAAAUUGCAAAGUCUUGAUGUUAGUGAGUGGAGGUGUUGAUUCAACUGUAUGUGCUGCCUUGUUACACAGAGCAUUAAAAGAAGACCAAGUUAUUGCUAUUCACAUAGAUAAUGGUUUUAUGAGAAAAAAUGAGAGUGAACAAGUUGAAAUUUCUCUUGGAAAUUUAAAUUUGAAAUUACAAGUUAUUAAUGCUGCACAUCAUUUUUAUGAUGGAACAACAACUGUUCCUAUUGAUCGCAAAGACCCUACAAGAAAACGAACAACUGAAAAACUAUGUAAAACAAUUAAUCCUGAAGAAAAAAGAAAAAUUAUUGGUGACACAUUUAUGAAGGUAGCAAAUGACAUUAUUGCUGAUCUCCAUUUAGUUCCAGAAGAAGUUUAUUUAGGACAAGGAACAUUGCGUCCAGAUUUAAUUGAGAGUGCCUCAUCAUUAGCUAGUCAUCGUGCUGAUGCAAUUAAGACACAUCAUAAUGACACUGAUUUAGUUAGAUUAUUAAGGGAACAGGGUAGAGUAGUAGAACCGCUAAGAGAUUUUCACAAAGAUGAAGUAAGAAUGAUGGGUCAAGAACUUGGAUUACCAAGUGAAUUAGUUCAAAGACAUCCUUUUCCAGGUCCAGGUUUAGCUGUCAGAGUAAUAUGUUCUGAAGAACCAUAUAUGGAAAAAGAUUUUUCUGAAACUAGUGUCUUGGUGAAAGUUGUCAUUGAUUAUGCAAAUUCUGUGCAAAAGAAACAUGCACUUAUAAAUAGGGUUCAGAGUGGUACAUCUGAAGAAGAACGGGAAUUUCUUAUGGCUGUUUCUCAAAAGUACCAGUUAGUUUCUACAUUAUUGCCUAUUAAAAGUGUGGGUGUUCAGGGUGAUCAGAGAUCCUAUAGUUAUGUGGUUGGUUUAUCUAGCCCAGAAGAACCUACAGAUUGGAGAGAUUUGAUGAUUCUAGCCAAGAUAAUUCCUCGUAUCUGUCAUAAUAUAAAUAGGGUAUGCUAUAUAUUUGGAGAUCCAGUUACAUUUCCUGUACAGGAUAUAACUCCGACAUUCCUUACUAGCAAUGUUCUUAGUACUUUGCGUCAAGCAGAUUAUGUAGCACACAAAGUAUUGAAAACAAGUAAUCACAUAAACACAUUAUCACAGAUGCCUAUUAUUAUGAUUCCGAUUCAUUUUGAUAGGGAUGUUGUAUCACGGCAGCCAUCUUGUCAGCGAUCCAUUGUGAUACGCACAUUUAUUACCCAAGAUUUUAUGACUGGGAUUCCAGCCACUCCAAAUGUACAUUUACCAAUCGAGGUUAUUAAAAAAAUGGUGGUAGAAAUCCAAGGAGUUCCGGGAAUUUCACGAGUACUAUACGACCUCACACCUAAACCGCCGGGAACAACCGAAUGGGAAUAAAAUGGACACACGCCGCAUUAUAUAUAUAUAUAAACAUAUAUAUAAUUUGGUAAUUUUUUGAAAAUUGGCCCACGAAUUUGGAAGAAAAUUCCGACUUUAAAUAAAAUCAGAACUAUCGAUAGAAAUUUUGGGAAAUAAGAGCUAUCUUUCUUCCAGAUUGUUAAUUUUUUGUGAACAAAUACCCGUUACUCGAAACGGUAAAAAAAAAAAAACUAAUUCAAAAUGGUCGAAGAAGUAUAUCGGAAAAGACGGAACUUCGUGUACAAUGGUGCGGUAUUAUAAAUAAGUCGGUGUCUAGUAUUAAAUAAUUGUUGUUGUGUGAAAGAAGUUGAGACAAUAGAAACAACACAAAAUGUUGGACUUGAUCGAAAUUCUAAUCGUGUCAUGGUAUCCAUAGUUUAUACGAACUAAAAUACUGUUUAUUAAAAAAAAAGCGUGCACAAAGAGAAAAAUAAACCGUGCUUCAAAAAGUAACUCUCGCAUAUAUACACGUUUUUACGACGAUAAUCGACAACGACAGAUCGUUUAAUAAUUUCUUAAAGGGGGUGUUUAUCUUGUUUCUAAUGUUACUCGGUAUGUUGAGUUGUUCGCCAUCUAAUGGCUAUAUUUAGAUAAAAUUUGUAAAUUUGAUUGAUAUGUAUUAUUACAGCUAUCAAAUGCCAAUAAGGGAAUAUGGUCGCAUAUAAAAAAACCCGUUUAAUAAUAAGCAGGAUUAAAAUUUUAGAAAAUAUUCUUAUCAUUUGGCAUUUAUGUAACACGAGUUUUGUAUCACACGGUAUUGAAUGUCCGAACUGUUGCGUGAAGAAGACUUGAAUGCAGCGAUUGUAAAAAGAAAAAAAACCAAAAAGUAGGAAAACAAAAAGGAAUCGACUGUGACUGAUGCGAAUCAUUCUUCCAACGUGUAAAACGACUGCCCAAUAAAUUUGUUAAAAUUUGA